CGCGGCGUGGGGUGAGGAGUGUGGCCGGGGGGAACAGGCGUGGUAUCACACGUGAAGGCGCUUUCCCAGCCUUGACUCAGAUCCGGGAGGAGAGCGACAUCCGCGUAGAGGCGAAGCCUGCGCGUUCCUGACCCUCCGAUUUAACUUUUCUUGGAACGGGCUAGGACGAAUUCGGACUUUAACGCGACACUGGGCCAUUGGCGUGGUUUUGCUGCUACCAGAGUGAGAACAUUUAGCCUCACCUCCCUCCCUGAACUCAGCAUGGAUGAUAAGUCAGAAAACUGUAAGGUUCCAGAAGAUCUGUUCAAUGGUUUGAAAGUUACAGAGUCUCCGGAAGCAGAGUCAGCCUGCCCCCAGGUUUCUGAUCCCAAGGGUCAGCCUUCCCAGAGCAAACUACCGAAGGAUGAUAGUGCCCAUCCGCAGGAGGACCGUGGAGAAGAGGAGUGUUUUCAUGACUGCAGUGCCUCAUUCGACGAGGAGCAGCCCGGGGCACACAUGGUGGGGGACAAAGCUACUGAUGAUUCUAGUUCUGAACUCGAUGAGGAAUACCUAAUUGAACUGGAAAAAAACAUGCCAGAAGAAGAGAAACAGAAAAGAAGAAAAGAGAGCGCUAAACUGAAGGAGGAGGGGAACGAACAGUUUAAGAGAGGAGAUUACAUAGAAGCUGAGAGUUCUUACAGUCAAGCCCUUCAGAUGUGCCCAUCCUGUUUCCAGACAGAUCGGUCGGUUCUGUUUUCAAAUAGAGCUGCUGCAAGGAUGAAACAGGACAAGAAGGAAAUGGCCAUCAGUGACUGCAGCAAAGCAAUUCAGUUAAACCCCAGCUACAUCCGUGCAAUAUUGAGGAGAGCGGAGUUGUAUGAGAAAACAGACAAACUAGAUGAAGCACUGGAAGAUUAUAAAUUGAUAUUAGAAAAAGAUCCAUCGGUACAUCAAGCAAGAGAAGCUUGUAUGAGAUUACCUAAGCAAAUUGAAGAACGUAAUGAAAGAUUAAAAGAAGAGAUGUUAGGUAAACUAAAAGAUCUUGGCAACUUGGUUCUGCGACCUUUUGGGCUCUCUACAGAAAAUUUCCAGAUCAAGCAGGAUUCUUCUACUGGCUCCUACUCCAUCAAUUUUGUUCAAAAUCCAAAUAAUAAUAGAUAACAGACAUAACAGUAGUCGUAAAGGCUGACUGGGAGGCCAUGAACUGUUCACAAGGGGCAAGACCCUGCCAGUGUUUAAUGUUUAAAAGCAUCUUACCCAAAAAAGGCUGUGUAGUAGAGCCCGAGCCACCUUCUUGCUCUUAUUUUAUGAUCAGGGUGGAAUGUGCCUCCUGGUGUAAUGAGCCUCGUUAUUUCCAUUUUAAGGUGGUGUCUGUGCAGCUGCUGUCCCUGGUUUUGGCUGGUUUGAGGUUUUGUUUGUUUUGUUGUUUUGUUUUUUUCUGGUGUUUUUGGCCUGGGAGAAGCCUGCUUGUCAAGGCUGACCUCUUAGAGCCACACAAAUGUGCUAGCCAGCAAAAGCCUCUCCCUAACCAUGCAAGCCUGUCAGUUGGGUGAUGACCAUACUUGCUGGACAGAGUCCCCUCCUGCUGCCCCUCCCUGCUCAUACUCUUUCAGAGGCUGCACUAUAGGGGCUUCAGCAUUCCUGAGUUCCUCUGUGUUAAUAAAAGCUUUCUGUGACAGUUGGGAA